AUGCUUUGCGACAGCCAUCUUCAGGAGAUGGGAUGGGAGGAAAGAGGCCAUGGAAUCUACAGCCAGGUAUUUGCUGAUUUAACUCCGGAAGAGAUCAUGGAAGUGAAGAUCUACCUGCAGUACAACCUGGGGGUGCCAUUGGUAGAACCUCCUCAAGCCAAACCAUCGGACAACUGCAUUUUUUCUAUCACCCUUCAGCUUCCUCCCAAAGCUGAAGUGCUGCAAUUCUUGGACCACCAAGGGACCAGGCCCUCGCGGCAAGCUCUGGCUGUACUCCAUUUUGGAAACCAGGAGCACCCAAAUGUCACAGAGUUUGUGGUAGGUCCUCUUCCAAAGCCAACGUACCACCAAGAUGUCACAGUGCAGAAGUAUGGAGGGAAGUUGCCUUACUACAGAAGGUUUUUUUUGGAGAAUGAGCUGAGAGAGAUCCAUACUUUCUUGAGGAAUAGGGAAUACCCCAAGGAUCCAAACUUUAUGCAGAAAGUGCUUUAUUACAAUGGAAGCAAGUAUGGAUACUCCUAUGGAUUACCACCUGGACUAAAAUCAGGAGACCGGAAAAUCUGGGUUGCUCAUUUCCAGAAUGUCCCUGGUAGUUACCUGCAUCCAGUAGGAUUUGAAGUCCAUAUGGAUCUCAGCAGCCUAGACGUUUCUCAUUGGAAGGUGCUAAAAGUCUUCUAUAAUGGACAGUACUUUGAGGACAUGGAAGAUAUUGAGAGACAAUUCAUUUCAGGACAUGUUAAAGUAGCCAAGGUCAAAAAGGCUCCUUUGGAUGGAGGCUAUUCCUCACUGAAGCAGAGGGUUCCCCACCAGAGACUAGGCCCCUUGUACUAUGAACCUCGUGGUCCCCGCUACCGCAUCUGGAAUAACCAGGUUUUCUUCAUGUCCUGGAGUUUUGCCUUUGGCAUAGAUGCCAAUAGGGGGCCACGUAUCUUUGAUGUAAGGUUUAAGGGUGAGAGGAUAGUUUAUGAGUUAAGCUUGCAAGACGGAGGUUCCAUCUAUGGCUCCAACAAUCCAGCGUCAAUGCUGACCAGGUACAUGGACUUAAGCUUUGGCAUUGGUUCAAGUGGCUCCACUCUCACCCAAGGUGUGGAUUGUCCUUACCUGGCUACUUAUUUGGACAGGCACUAUUUUCUUGAUUCCUCGUUGCCUGUCACUCGCAAACACUCUAUCUGCAUCUUUGAGCAGAAUGCUGAGGUCCCUGUGCGAAGACAUUAUGACCGCUCAGAGCCUCCGUUUUACGGAGGGUUGGUCGAUUCCGUUCUUGUCUUUAGGUCCAUAUCUUCAGUUGCUAAUUAUGAUUAUGUUUGGGAUUUUAAAUUUCAUCAAAAUGGAGCUGUUGGUGUUGCGAUUCAUGCAAGUGGGUACAUUCAAUCUGCUUUUUAUUUUGGCGAUGCCUUGGAAUUUGGAAACAGAGUUGAAGAGUGGGCACUGGGAGACAUUCACACUCACAACAUUAAUUUCAAGGUGGAUAUGGACAUUGGUGGUAAGUCUAUGCCUCUUUUGUAA